CAGCAACAGUGUGUCUUCAGUGGGAUUAAUUAAUACGAAAGACUUGACACUUUUCACGGAAAAUGAGUAAAUUACAGUGCGAAUACACGCUCCAAGGACAUAAGGGACGUAUUUGGUGCGUUUCAUGGCAUCCAAAGGGUAAUGCAUUUGCAUCAUGUGGUGAAGACAAAACCAUAAGGAUUUGGUCAAUGUCUGGCAAUACCUGGACAACAAAAACGAUUUUAUCCGAUGGGCACAAAAGAACAAUACGACAUGUGUCCUGGUCGAAAUGUGGACAAUAUUUGGCCUCGGCAAGUUUUGAUGGCACCACAGCAAUUUGGUCAAAAGCUUCAGGUGAAUUCGAAUGCAAUGCCACCCUGGAGGGCCAUGAAAAUGAAGUUAAAAGCUGUAGCUGGUCCAGUUCGGGAUCAUUGCUGGCAACUUGUUCUCGCGACAAAUCCGUUUGGAUUUGGGAAGUCACGGGGGAUGAUGAUUUCGAAUGUGCCGCUGUGCUCAGUGCCCACACUCAAGAUGUCAAACGCGUUAUAUGGCAUCCCACCAAGGAGGUGCUAGCUUCUUGUUCCUAUGAUAAUAGUAUCAAAAUGUAUGCUGAAAAUGCCUUGGAUAAUGAUUGGGAAUGUACGGCCACUUUGGGUGGACAUUCGAGCACAGUUUGGGCCAUUGAUUUUGAUGCCGAAGGUGACCGUCUUGUUUCGGUGAGUGAUGAUUGCAGCAUGAAAGUGUGGCGUGCCUAUGCUCCUGGAAAUCCUGAAGGUAUUGCAACACCUGACAAUGAAACUGUAUGGAAAUGUGUCUGCACCGUGGCCGGAGAACAUUCGCGUACUAUUUACGAUGUAUCAUGGUGUAAAUUGACCGGUCUUAUUGCCACAGCUUGUGGUGAUGAUGCCAUUCGGAUAUUCAAAGAAGACGAAGAAACAACGACGAAAAAUGAACCGGUAUUUGUUUUGGCCACAGCUCAGGAUAAGGCUCAUAUGCAAGAUGUCAACAAGGUGUCAUGGAAUCCUGUGGUACAACAUCAACUUGUGUCGUGCAGUGAUGAUGGUACUAUUAAAAUCUGGAAAUUUGUUGAAUAGAUAUGUAAACAAAAGGGGCUUUAUUUUCAUACAAUAAAUUAGAAUACAAUAUA